UCCUGUUCACUCCAACCACUCCACCCCUCAACCUCUUUAUAAUGACCCUCCUCUCCUUUCCUCUCCUCUCAAGCGUCCUUCUCCCCCCUUGCCUCUCUUCUUUUUGAACAGGGCCCAAAAUGGCUGGUUACACUUCGGUCGCCUUGGGUGCUCUCUUCCUCAUAAGUUGCGUCGCAUGGGGCUCGGCCACCGUUUACACCGUCGGGGAUACAUCAGGCUGGACGUCGGGCGUCGAUUACUCUACCUGGACCAGUGGCAAAUCCUUUGCGGUUGGCGAUAGCCUUGCGUUCAACUACGCCAGUGGGGCUCACACCGUGACCGAGGUGAGCUCGAGCGACUACGAUUCCUGCUCGUCAAGCAACGCCAUCAGCAACGACAGCAACGGGCCGACGACGAUCCAACUCAAGACGCCAGGCACGCACUACUUCAUUUGCGCAAUACCCGGUCACUGCAGCGGUGGGAUGAAGCUCGCCGUCACGGUCGGAGGAUCGUCCUCCGGCUCACCGACCACCCCCUCCCCUCCAUCCACCUCCACCACGCCUACGCUCACUCCGCCCACAACCACCACCACCGGCACCCGCCGUUCUGGCGCUGGAGGCCUCGCACCGGCAUCGGCGAUGGUGGCGCUCACUGGGCUGGCGGUGCUACUCUUCUAGGCCCGGCCAGGGUAGAGACAGUGCUCCUGCUCUAUUAUUGAGUCAUUUCUUGUAUUUUAGGUGGCUAGAUAUCAUUGUGUUGGGAGAAUGCUCAUGGAACAUGGUGGUUAUUGAUGUAUCGUCAUGACUAUAGCUUUAUUUGAGUGUGAUAGCCUGUACAAUUUGGACAUCUGCUGUGAUGGUUUAAGGUUAAUUUCUAGGCUCUACGUUUUCUUUUGUUGCUUUGGUUGGUUAAAGGAUUUGGUGGAUGAUGAUGCAUGGAUGGACAUGAAAGAAUGGUCAUGGGACUUUUGUGAGUUA